AUGUCCGACCACAGAUUCAGCUCCGUGCCCACGGAGGAGGAACCCGGCUGCUGCCAUCUCUCCAGGAAGGCCAAGGUCUGCCUGGGCGUCCUCCUGUGCGUCCUGGUGGCGGUUGCGGUGGUGGUGGGAGUUCUGAAGUGGCCCCGCGCGCCCCCGCCCAGAGCGUGGAACGGGACGGGCAGCACCCCGCACUUCUCCGAGAUCGUCCUGGGCCGCUGCUUCACCUACACGCAGCUGCUGCGGCCUGAGCUGGGACAUGCAGACUGCGGACAGAUAGGGAAGGCAUUCAUGAAUGCAUUUCUUUCCAAGGAUCCUUGUCACAGUUCAGAGCAAGACUACCAGUUGCUGCUGAAGCUGACCAAUCAAACCAUACCCUGCCACUCGAGUGUCUUUUGGAGCAAAUCAUCUCAGCUAGCGCACCUGUACACCACGGUGCAGCAGGAUAUGUUCACGCUGGAGGACACACUGAUAGGCUACAUUGCCGACGGCCUCAACUGGUGCGGAGAUGCAGGCUCCAAUGAAAUGAACUAUCAGUCCUGCCCGCACUGGAGGAAAGACUGCAUAAACAACCCCGUGUCUGUGUUCUGGGACACGGUAUCCAAAAGGUUUGCCGAAAAUGCCUGUGGUGUGGUGCAGGUGGUGCUCAAUGGGUCCAUCAGUAACACCUUUGAUAAAAACAGCACUUUUGGACGUGUGGAAAUCCAUAAUUUGCAUCCAGGGAAAGUUUCUGUACUAAAAGCCUGGGUGAUGCAUGACAUUGGAGGAGUUUACAGUUACCACACAUGCUCGAGUCCCAUCAUAGAUGAUUUGAAAUUAAUUUUAAGCAAGAGGAAUAUUCCAUUUACCUGUGAGGAUGACUACAGGCCUAUCAAGUUUCUUCAGUGUGUGAAAAGUCCUGAGGAUUCGUCUUGCAGGAAAUGA